AUGCACGAUCUACCAACGCCGGAAUUUCUGGAAACUUUGCAGGCAGUUCUGCGAAUCUGGGACUGCUUAUUUUACGAGGGUGAUCCGGUACUGUUCCGGAUAGCAGUGACGUUAAUCGAGGAUUUAGUGCCUUCACUUGUGAAAUGUAGCAGCACUGACGAUGUUCUACAGGUUUUCAGUAAAACUAGCGCAACACCAAUUGCAAGCGACUGCCACCGCUUAUUACAGGUUGCAUUUGACAAAGAUAAAGAUUUUAUCACAUCCGAAAAGCUGAACGAAAUACGAGCCAAAUACAGCUAA